GGCAGCAGCUGGGCUGACACGUAACUAAAGUUAAAGGUGCUAUGGAGGCCUCGUCGGGGACCUAAAGGUUUUAAUUUCCACAUACGCUUUUUUUUUUAACCGCGUCGGAAAAGUUACCGUCUGCAAAGAGGAAACGGAGACGCAAGCGGGAGUCGCCAGCCUCGGUUUGCUCUGCAUUUCAGCAGCGCAGAGUUUAAGUUUGACGUGAAGUUAAGCGAAAAUCUGAGCGGCUACUUUGAAGUUACAGGGGAGAGUCUCGAGUGGAUGUGGCUAUGUUAAAAUAAUGUAUACAUCGGUAACUGUUAGUGCUUAACUCGUGUUUUUCGGCUCGGAAAUGCUCGGGGAGUGAGGGGGAGGAGGGCUUCACAAGGAGGUAAAAAAGUUGAGUGGGGAAGUUUCCAAGCAGCAGAGACGGGGUUUUCUGGCGCAGACAGCGGGGAGGGGUGCGGGUCCAACAUGGGAAGCGGGGUGUGCUCCCGGAGGCAGCGGAGGAUCUUCCAGUGUCUCCUGCUGGUCACUGUGGUCUGCGGGGUGAUGUACGGGGGGAUGAUAUCGUAUGAGAUGCACAAACAGCUCCGGAGGACGGAGGCAAUGGCACUGAAGUACCAGCAACAUCAAGAGUCGCUCUCGGCUCAGCUCCAAGUGGUGUACGAGCAUCGCUCCAGGUUAGAGAAGUCUCUUCAGAAGGAGAGGUUAGAGCACAAAAAGGCCAAAGAAGAUUAUCUCGUUUAUAAACUUGAUGCACAACAGUCACUGAACAAGGAGAAGCAAGACUCCGGCAGCAGACUAAAUUCUCUACAAGUGCAACACCAGAUGCUAAAGAACCAGCACGAGGACCUGAAGAAGCAGUAUUAUGAUCUGAUGGAGCAGCAUCAAGUCCAGGGCGAGGACCACAACCGGGUGCUGGACGAGCACAAAGACCACUAUGAGAAACUGAACCAAGCCAAAGACCUGGAAGUGUCCCACCUCAAAGAUAAUGUAUAUAACCUGAGAGAGGAAAAUAAACAGCUGAGGAAGGCCCACCAUGAAAUCCACAUACAACUACAAGAUGCACAGGUUCAGCACCAGGACCUGAAGGUAGCCCACAGCAAGCUUGCACUGACACUGGAAGACCACAAGAGUGCGCUGGCUGCAGCUCAGUUGCAGGUGGAUGAAUACAAACAGCUGAGGGAGUCCAUGAACAGGCAGCCAAAUGUGGGACAGCCUGUACAAAACGCUGCUCCUCAUCAGCCCCAAGCAGCUGCCAUAGCACCCGAGGCCCAUGUUCCUGAAGCCCGACAGGCCGCAGUAGUGGAGGAGCCACACAAAGAUGAACCUGCCCAUCAGGACAAUCAGCAGGACCACCGGGACACUGAGUCCAGGUUAGACCAUCAAGAGCAAGAGCUGCAUGCCCAGUCUGAGAUCAAGUCCCACCCCACCGUGUCCCAGCACGCCUUGUCAGAAAAAGAGGAGGAUGGAGAGGGUGAGGCUGAGAGGAGGAGGGAGCUGGCAGAGGAGGAGAUGGCUCAAGCAGGACAGCCUCAGAAGCUGGAGGAGGACCCAGACCAAACGCAGGACGAGCAGCAGGAGGAAGAGGAGGAGCCAGAACAGGAACAGCCAGACGAGAACGCCCUGGACCAUCAGAGACUCCAGCUACAACCGGCUCCCCACCCGGAGCUGCCACAGAACGGCCAGCUGCAGCACGAGGCGCACGCCCAAGUGGAACGUGUGAAAUCAGCCUACGAGCAGCAGCAGGAGCAGCAGCGCCUGGAGGCUCAGAGGGCCGAAGAGCGCAGGCAGAUCCAGAUGCGACAGGAGGCCAUGCAGCUCCAGAGAGACAAGGUGCUGAGGGAGAGGGAGCAGAGGCUGAAACAGGAGCAGGAGAGAGAGCAUCAGCACAACAAGGAGGCCGACAGACGGGAGCAGCUGAUGAGAGAGGAGCACCAAAGGAAGAGGACUGAGUAUGAGAAUAUAGACAAUGAUAUCGUUCAUGGAGAAGAGGACCGACACAUCGAUGAUGAAGAUGCUCACAUGUUACACGAGGAGGAGGAAAAUCAAGAAGUGGAUAACAGAGUGCCAUCACAUCAGCAGGGUGCCGGAGUUAGCGAUCUGGACCCCGAGGACGACCCCAACAACCAAGGAGAGGACGAGUUCGAGGAGGCUGAGGACGACCGACCGCAGCACAGGGUCGCAGAAGAGGAGGAGGACGUGGUGGAGGAGGAAGAGGAGCCGCCAGCACAGGCUCAGCACAAAGACACACAUCAAAACCCCGAACAGCCUGCUGUGGAGGAGGAACUGGUGAUGGCUGGAAACCCAGAUCAACAGGAAGACACGCUGGAUGACCAGUACCAGGAGGAGGUAGAGGAUGAGGCCCAGGAGGACAUAGCCGGCGGGCAGAAGAGAGAGGAGGAGGUAGAGGAGGAAGGAGAGGAUCCAUAUAACGAGGAGAACAUAGAACAGGAUGGAGUAAAAAACCAUGAGGGACCACACCAGGACGGGGAUCACAGGAAAGAGGCUGAGAAUAAUGAAGAAGAGAAUUACGAGGAGGAAGAAGAGGAGGUAGAGGACGAUAUGGCUGGUCGGGACAAGGGAACCAAUCGGAGGGCAGAGAUGUAAGACGGACACAGACUUUGACUUGCAGUGCCUUUUCGGCUGCCUAUAGAGCCUAUCAGGUAUUUCUUUCCCUUGUUUCCCAAAGGAAUAAAACCAGCCAUCCAUUCGGAAUUCCAAUUAGAAAAAUUGGGAUAUUAGCCUAGAAGAUGGGAUGGUUUUCCCAACUUUGUGGGGAUGGAACUGAGCAGCUUACACUGAGGAAAUGGACAGAAUUUGUCAGGUGGAAGUGGGAUGUAUACUGUAUUUUUUUUUUAUUCAUUGCUCUUCUGUCUACUCCGACGUCUGCCUGAUUGCCUGCCUGCUUCUGUUUCUUAACAGCAGACAGGCAGAGAAUGUAUUUCUAUCAUGUGCUUUCUUUGAGUUUGUGUAAAGAAAGCAAAGAUAAAUUAUGUUAUUCUGAUGUCCUCAUGUUCAGGCCUUUAUAUGUAUGUUUUAUGCAAACCGUUUUUUUCUUUGUAGAGCUCAAAUUUUAAUUUACAUCUUGCAUUCCAAUCAAUCAAGUCGUUUUCUGUUAUUUAUUGUUGAUUGUAACAACUUUGACAAUCGUAAAAAAUGGUGCAACAUUUAUUUUUCAUUUGUGUCAUGACGGCUUUUACCAACUAUUCAAAGUGGAUACACAGGAGGUUUUCCACUGGGUGUUUCUGCAAACGCCUGGCUAAAAGACAUUUCAGGUGAAGCCGCUCUGUGCAGCUGAAAGUGUCACACUGACAUGUGCCUUUCCAUUAUUGGGAACCUCUGAUAGGUUUUAGUCAUUUCACAUUUGGGAAAUCAUUUCAACAGGACAGGAGAGAUAGAAUAUUGCUCCAGCAUGACCUUAAAUGGUGGGCAAUUUCAUGUCGACUGCUGGUGUGAAUUAAAUUCACAAACGUAAUGCAAUUCACUGCAAAAUCUUUAGUCUACUGUACAAUGUAUAGUAAAGCAAAUGCUGAAAAUUUUCCACCAGUUAUAUUUGAUACAAAAAAGUGGGAUUUUGAUUGUAUUGAACCAAGUUUGCCACCUUGAGUGUGUGUGGAAUAAAGAGGUCAAAGGA